GUUUUUUGCGGACUCGUGCGGCUGCUGUCAGCUCGUGUUUCCAGACCGUUGACGCGCUGCGCUGUCACUAACGGCCGCGGCAAGUGAGCCAGAAACACAGGGGCGAGACCGGAAGUGAGGGGCGGCCGCCUUCAAAGUACCAGUUCCAGAGAAGAUGGUGGCCAUUGUGCACACCUUUCUCACCUCAAGUAAGCAUGUUCAACCUGAUGAGCAACUGCUGCACCUGGGUCUCCAAAAUACAGGAGCCAAUCAGGAAAACGACCAUUCUGGUGGUUGGUCUUGACAAAGCAGGAAAAACCUCCUCCAUCAGAGGGAUGUUGAGAGUCCCUCAUGGUGUGGAAUCAGGACCCACUCAGGGCUGCAUCCGCAGUGAGCUGAGAGUGGAGAACUACCUGGUCACCUUGCUGGACGUGGGAGGAUCGGCAGAGUCCAGAGGAGCCUGGAGGGAGCUCUCCGGAGAGGCCCACGGGAUCAUCUUCGUGGUGGACUCCAGUGACAGAGGGAGGAUAAAGGAGGUCAAGGAAGUUCUCGCUGACCUGCUGAAACAACCAAGAGUGGCUGGAAAACCAAUAUUAGUGUUGGCGAACAAACAGGACAAAAUGAACGCUUUGCUUGGAAGCGAGCUGAUUGAGAUUCUGUCACUGGAGACGCUGGUCAACCAGAGCCGCUCUCUGUGCCAUAUUGAGCCUUGUUCAGCCUUAAUGGACCUGCGGCGCUGGUCGGACAAGAAGACUCUGCGAGGCCUUCGCUGGCUGCUGCGUGCUGUUUGUCUGGAUUAUCCUGAGCUGUGUACUCGCGUGGCCCAGGACAGCAAGAGGCCUCUGGAGCCAAGAGAGAGAGAGAGGACGUGGAAAUCAGAGAAAGUACGCAGAAAAACCAAAGGGGAACGAACGAGAUCUAGCAAGUCCGAUCUUCGCCAGGUUCAUCGGCCAAAAGACAAGGAGAAGAAACCCAAGAGUGAAGGAAAGCUGCAACCCAUCCGAAACAUGCUGCAAAAGGAAGCUACUCUGAAAAAGAAGCUGAAGACGAAGAAGAAAAAGAAGCCAGUUGAGGUCAAGGAAGCUGAAAAGAAUCGAGAAGAAGCAAAUGAUCAGGAGGAGGACGAGGAGGGCGACGGUAAUGAAGGAGAGCAAGAAAACUCCGGUCACAGAGAGAAAGCCAGCAGUGCCCUGAUCCCCCCCAAGAAGGACAAACCGAAAAAACGUAAAACAAAAGUGAAAGAAGAGACGCUGGACGCUCCAGAGACACCUGAGGAUGACGAGAAGCCGCUCAAAGUUAAAGGAGAAAAGAAGAAGAAGAAAAAGAUUGUCAAAGUGAAAAGGAAGAACAAGAUCAACACGGAGGAGAUGCCUGCAGCGUACUCUCAGCCUGUCGACCUGUCUGCAACCUUUGAUCUUUACCGAAAAGCAAUACUGGCUCUGAAGGAACGGCAGGAUCAGGGACAGUGAAUCGUGGGACCUGAGUGAAGGAUGUGGUGCACGUUCAAACUACAUCGCUUCACAGAAUCUCACACCUUUACUGUUGACUGCUGCGUCUUUAUGACUCUGUGUAGACGGUCACUUGAGACCUGAUGCCCUGAACCUUUGGAGCAAAAACUGGGAGGUCCACUGUGUAGUGAAGGGCAGGUCAUACACACAUUGUCAAAUAAAACAUGAAAUACAAAUAUAAAGAUAUACAUAGAUAUAGAUUUGAAAAACAUAUUUUGUGUAUCUGGCCAAAUUAUUGAAGGAGGUUUUGUUUGUAUGAUUCUAUGCAAUUUUGACGUAAGGGAAAAUGAACUAAAAUUUAACUGUAUGCUUUUUUUUUUUAUUUUUACGAUUACUUGCA